AUGUCCUCCAUAACCAUCGCAACCCUCCCCCGCAUCAGCCGCGACGCCCUCUCAGCCCUCCUCCUCUCGACUUCCACGCCUAGCAAACUCGCCAUUAUCGAUGUGCGUGACUCUGACCACGUCGGCGGCCACAUCACCACCUCCACCUGGGUCCCUAGCUCCUCACUAGACUACCGCCUCCCCGAACUCAUCCGCACCCUGGCGGACAAAGAAAAGGUGGUCUUCCACUGCGCGUUGAGCCAGCAACGCGGGCCGUCUGCUGCGCUGCGGUAUGCCCGCGAGCGCGAGCGCAUCCUCGGCGAGGAGGAGAGUAAGAAGCAGGAGGUGUUUGUCCUCGAGGGUGGGUUCGUGCAGUGGCAGGAGAAGUAUGGGCCUGAUGAGAGGUUGACGCAGGCUUGGGUGGAGGAUAUUUGGAGGGAGUAUUAG